AUGUUUGACCAAGGCAUAAAAUUGAAUCAAGUUAUGCAUACUAAUUAGCUGAGUACGAAGUCUUUAUCAAAAGCUAUGCAUACUAAUUAGCUGAGUACGAAGUCUUCAUCAAAACUGAGUACGAAGUCUUUAUCAAAAGUUAUGCAUACUAAGUAGCUGAGUACGAAGUCUUUAUCAAACGUUAUGCAUACUAAUUAGCUGAGUACGAAGUCUUUAUCGAAAGUUAAUUUACUAAUUAAUAAUUCAUCAACCCCAGCCUUUCCCUGCUGUCUUUUCAAACCCUCCCCGUGCUUUUAGAUACUUGAGUUUUAUUGGCGUUUACAGUGUYAUGCAUGUGAUCUGAAUACUGAGAUGGGAUAGGUUCGUAUCCUCAUGAAUUAUUCAUGAAUUUUACAAUUGAUUUAUUAUGAUUAAUAUAGCGCCCUUUCUAUAUGGAUAUA